GUCACAAAAAGUGUUUCCUCAAGUUCAGCUCAACGAUUUCUUGCUAACAGCCUCUUCUACUGCGGACUUCUUCCUUCAUUACAAGAAAUAAAGAGUCACAGAGACUGACCAGAGCGACUAAAGUAACUUUCAUCAUGGAAAAUUGUGACGUUCCCGUUCUCCUGACCGACAACCAGACAGUAAGGAGAACCUCUGCUCGCCAGGCAGAGAGCGCGUCGAGGCCCUCAGCCUGGAGACAGUGUUCAUGCUGCAGGGACAAGCAGGGGCCGACUCUAAAGAGAAAGCGCCGGCCCUCUGCUGCUCCCGGAGACCUUCACCAGAAGAGGAGGCGCACCUCCGGAGCCCGUCCCCUCCCUGACCAUCCAGAGGUGUUGGACUGUGUCCCCGCUGUGCAGCCCUCCUCAGCUGGUGACCAUUCAGGGUCUUUGGAUUUGGUCCGGAAGCCUGGAGCGACCAUCCCACCUGCUGACCUGCCCCGAGUCUCCUGUGUGGCCCCCAGCCUCCAGCCCUCCACUGCUCCACUGCACGACGGCCCUCUGAACAUAUUCAACCUCCCAGUGGAAGAAUACCAGCAGCUGUACCACGAGGUUGUUGAUGAAAUGCUGAGGUUCAAGAGCGGCCGUCUGCGUCCUUACACUCUGAGCCUGGGGCGCGUCAUCAAGCAGAAGCUGUGGCAGAGACUGGACCGUCCCCUGUUCACCGAAACAGUCAACGGAGACGGACUGGUGCACGUGGAUGUCUCCUACGGGGUUGGAGUCUUCCCUCCCCUCCACCAGUUGUUGUUGGACUCCACACGUCCAGAUGUACCAGGAGCUGAUCGAGAGCCGGGAUCAUUCCUUCUACCACAAGAGCCAUGUUCCAGAGAUGCUUAUUCCUCCUCCACCUUCACCACCAACUCCUGCUCCUUGUCUGCACUUUUGCACUGUUGUUUAAUAAAUUCCAUCAUUGCUUUUGAUCAUUAGUUUUAUUUAAAUCUGAAUUCAUUUACAGAAAACUGAUACUUUAAUGUUCAAGAUCCAAUUGAGUAAUUAGGAAUGACAUUUUUUCAUCCAUUUUCUGUUUGUUGGUGUAUCUUCCACAAUACACGAUACCAAAAGCAAGCAGUAGUUUUAAUUUGCAUAUUAAAACAUUUCUGAUAACAAACAAAACAGAAUAGUCUUAUGCAAAAUAAUAUAAUUGAGAAGUUUCAUGGUUAUUAUUAUUACUUUCAUACUUUGUAGAAUUCUAUUGUCUUCUACAAGGGGUUGAGAGGGCAUUACAAUCUGCACAACGGUAUUUUUCCUCCUUUCUCACCUCUUGGUCAUCUAACUUAGACAGUGUAGGAUGUUAGAAAUAAACUGACGACCCGGUUCAUAAAAUUAAUAAAAUGCAUAUA